CUGGCUGCUCGCGCCGAGGUCAGAGCCUAGACUCUAGAGCCUGAGUUGCACUUGCAAGUUGCAUUCGAUUUUGAAGGAAACCUGGAAAGGAAGAGGACGGACGCUCCAGCCUCUAGGGUCUAGAGCUUAGUCUUGAUUAAGUAGGACGAUAAGUAACAGCAUCUGCAUUGGAUCACGCUCAUUGCUAGCAAAGCCCGGAAAGCCAAACUUCUGCUUAAUGAGUUUGCACCAGCGAGUGCAAGGACCAGUUCUGCAUUUGAAACUGCAAUUUUUGGUGACGGGAGUCAACAUCAGUGCCAGGCAGACACUCGAAGGCAGCGCUAGAAACCUGUGAGCCUGCGCAGGCUCCUGGACAGGCCCAUCGUUGCUCAGAAGACCUCCCCUGGUGAUGAUUGACCACAGCAAGGCCCAGCAAGCGUGCUUUUAGAACUUAACCUCAAGGGCGCCAGAAGAAACGGGCGCGGGGCCUAGGUUAAAAGCGAUGGCGUCUAGUUUUGUGCGGUGCCAGCAGUUGGCUAGCGGUAGAUGCUGCCUAGAAACACGGGCUUGUGAAAAUCGGACAGCGGAUGCGAGGCCCCUAGCAGCGGCUUCUUUGGAGAGAAGGGGCUGCAAAAGUAGGACAAGAGCAGAGGGGAUCUGCUUAGCUCAGUCUAAAACGUCUCUGUCUCUGCGGAGAAGAUGUAACCGAGGGGCAGCCCACACAACGCCGUUGGGAAGGGGGGCAUGCGCACUAGGCUCUCAAAGUUGGCUUGGGUCACGAACACCGCUGACACCUGGGCACACUAUCAGCGAAAGAAGGCGUCAAAACGGUUUCGUUUGUAUGGCUGCGGAACAAUACCUGCUCGACAAGCUGGAUUCGGCUGAACGCACACACAAAGAGCUGUCGUUGCGCCUGGCGGAUCCGGAGGUUGCGUCCAACAAUACCGAGUAUCAAAAAAUUGCUAAGAACGUUUCGGAACUGGAGGAGGUGGUUAGCACGUAUGGGGAGUACAAAAGCAGCCUGCAAAAUCUAGAAGAGGCCAAAGAAAUGGAGGCGGACGCGGGCGAGGAUCCGGAGAUGGCGAGCAUGGCGCGCGAAGAGGCGCGAAUGCUGGAGACACGCGUGGCGGAGCUGGAGGAGCGGCUGAAGCUGCUGCUUGUGCCGAGAGACCCGCUGGACGACAAAAAUAUUAUGCUCGAAAUUCGGGCAGGGACCGGCGGAGACGAAGCGGGCAUCUGGGCUGGCGAUCUGGUGAAGAUGUACCAGAAGUACUCCGAAUCGCAAGGGUGGAAAGCUUCCACUGUCUCCCUAUCGGAGAGCGAGGCUGGCGGUUUCCGUGAGGCCGUUUUGGAAGUUACCGGCGAUCGCGUCUACAGUAAGCUCAAGUGGGAGUCGGGCGUGCACCGCGUGCAACGAGUUCCGGCGACCGAGUCCCAGGGACGAGUCCACACGUCGACUGCCACAGUCGCCGUCAUGCCGGAACCCGAGGAAGUGGACGUCUUCAUCGAUCCGAAAGACAUUGACAUGCACACCGCCAGGUCCGGCGGGGCGGGAGGCCAGAACGUGAACAAGGUCGAAACGGCGGUGGAUCUGAUGCAUAAGCCGACGGGCAUUCGCAUCUUCUGUCAAGAGGAGCGGUCGCAGCUCAAAAAUAGGGAGCGCGCUAUGCAGCUGCUGCGGGCCAAGCUAUACGAGAUCAAGCUGGCGGAGCAGCAGGACGCGAUCUACUCUCGACGGAAGUCCCAAGUGGGAACGGGCUCGCGGUCGGAGAAGAUCCGGACGUACAACUACAAGGACAAUCGCGUCUCGGAUCAUCGCGUCAAGGUCAACUUUGACCUGCAGUCAUUCCUGGGCGGCAAGAUCGACGACGCCAUCCAGGCUUGCACUGCCAUGGAGCAGAAAGAGUUGCUCGAAGAGUUGGCUGCCCAGAGCAGCGUUUCCGUGUAGCGGACAAGCGAAGGAACCGAUACUUCUUAGACCGAGCCGAUCUGGCAAACGUCCCUGCGUUUAUAGAGCAGUCUGGCUCGGGGCCGGACUUGCGGUGUUCUGGCUUCGAUCUUCUGCUUACAAGCAUACCAACGCCUUGCACGCAGACACACUGGACCAGGCAUGCAUACGCC